GUGAAAAAAGGAAAAGGUUUUUUACUAUGGUGUCUUGCAUUGACUUUCUUGUCUAUGAUUCGAUCUAUAAUGUUUAUGGGCAUUUGAGGCGAGUGUACGCUGCCAUUUUUCCACGAUAUAAAUUGGACAUAAAAGCAAAUUAAAACAAGCAAAAUGCCCGAGAUGAUCAAAUCGCCCGACCAGAUCAAAACCGCGCCCUUCGACCCGCGGUUCCCUAACCAGAACCAGACUAAAUACUGCUACCAGAGCUACCUGGACUUUUACCGCUGCCAGAAGGUCCGAGGCGAGAAGUACGAGCCCUGCCAGUACUUCAAACGCUGCUUCACCUCCCUGUGCCCCAUCGAUUGGGUUGAGAAGUGGGACUCCCAGCGCAGCGAGGGCACAUUCCCUGGCAGGAUCUAAACUAACCAUUGUAUACAGAUCUAAUUAUUG